CACCCUGUCUGUCGCGUUGAUGACGUGUACUUUUCAUGAGGUAAUCAUUCUGCGCCGCCAGAUGAUACGAAGAUAUCAAGGAUGGGGACCCAAGUAAAAGAUGUAGUGAUCAAGUCUGAUGCCCCCAGUGCUCUACUGUUGGACAAGCAUGCAGACUAUAUUGCUGCCUACGGCUCCAAGAAGGAUGACUAUGAGUACACCCUGUCAGAGUAUCUGCGGAUGUCAGGUAUCUACUGGGGCCUGACGGUGAUGGACUUGAUGGGUCAGCUGACCAGGAUGAACCAACCGGAGAUCUCUGACUUCAUCAAGUCCUGUCAGCACGACUGUGGAGGCGUCAGCGCCAGCAUUGGACACGACCCACACGUCCUCUACACGCUCAGUGCUGUACAGAUCCUCUCGUUGUACGAUAACGUGAACGUGCUGGACGUGGACAAGGUGGUGGAGUACGUCAGAGGACUGCAGCAGGAGGAUGGCUCGUUCGCUGGAGACAAAUGGGGGGAGAUAGACACACGAUUCUCUUUCUGUGCUGUCGCAACACUCGCAUUGCUGGGUAGGCUGGAUGCCAUUAACAUGGACAAGGCUGUGGAGUUUGUUCUGUCCUGUAUGAAUUUUGAUGGAGGGUUUGGCUGCAGACCAGGAUCAGAGUCUCAUGCCGGACAGAUCUACUGUUGUACAGGGUUCCUGUCUAUAGCAGGUCAGUUACACCAGGUGAAUGCUGACCUGCUGGGCUGGUGGCUCUGUGAGAGGCAGCUUCCCUCGGGAGGGCUCAACGGACGCCCUGAGAAACUGCCUGAUGUAUGUUAUUCGUGGUGGGUGCUGGCCUCCCUGAAGAUCAUUGGUAGAAUCCACUGGAUAGACAAGUCCAAGCUGAGGUCCUUUAUUUUGGCCUGUCAGGAUGAGGAGACGGGGGGCUUUGCUGACCGACCAGGAGACAUGGUGGACCCAUUCCAUACUCUGUUUGGCGUAGCAGGCUUGUCUCUGCUGGGAGAGGGGCAGAUAAAGGACGUCAAUCCUGUUCUCUGUAUGCCUGAAGACGUGUUGGAGAGGCUAGGCUUCCACCCAGACCUCCUCAGCUAGCUCUUCACUCAUCUACACACACCAGGGUCGACCUCUUGUCCCUGCAGCUAUAGUCUUUAACAGGUCAUCUAGCAGUAUGUCAUGACAACGUUUACACUGUCUAAUAUAGCACCCUAUUCCCUAAUAUAGUGCACUCGUUCUGACCAGGGCCCAUAGGGGAAAAGGGUGAUCUUUUUGGACACAACCCAGGAAGAACACAUCACUGCUGGUUCUUCACUCCCCUGGUAGUUAAUGUAUUGAUCGUUCUCUCCCCUGGUAGUUAAUGUAUUGAUCGUUCUCUCCCCUGGUAGUUAAUAUAUUGAUCGUCCACUCCCCUGGUAGUUAAUGUAUUGAUUGUCCACUCCCCUGGUAGUUAAUGUAUUGAUCGUUCACUCCCCUGGUAGUUAAUGUAUUGAUCGUUCACUCCCCUGGUAGUUAAUGUAUUGAUCGUUCUCUCCCCUGGUAGUUAAUGUAUUGAUCGUCCACUCCCCUGGUAGUUAAUGUAUUGAUCGUUCUCUCCCCUGGUAGUUAAUGUAUUGAUCGUUCACUCCCCUGGUAGUUAAUGUAUUGAUCGUUCUCUCCCCUGGUAGUUAAUGUAUUGAUCGUUCUCUCCCCUGGUAGUUAAUGUAUUGAUCGUUCUCUCCCCUGGUAGUUAAUGUAUUGAUUGUCCACUCCCCUGGUAGUUAAUGUAUUGAUCGUUCACUCCCCUGGUAGUUAAUGUAUUGAUCGUUCUCUCCCCUGGUAGUUAAUGUAUUGAUCGUUCUCUCCCCUGGUAGUUAAUGUAUUGAUCGUUCUCUCCCCUGGUAGUUAAUGUAUUGAUCGUUCUCUCCCCUGGUAGUUAAUGUAUUGAUCGUUCUCUCCCCUGGUAGUUAAUGUAUUGAUCGUUCUCUCCCCUGGUAGUUAAUGUAUUGAUCGUUCUCUCCCCUGGUAGUUAAUGUAUUGAUCGUUCUCUCCCCUGGUAGUUAAUGUAUUGAUCGUUCUCUCCCCUGGUAGUUAAUGUAUUGAUCGUUCUCUCCCCUGGUAGUUAAUGUAUUGAUCGUUCUCUCCCCUGGUUAGAGGGGAACCAGCAGUGUUGUGAAUCUUCUGCACUUCAUUACAAGACCAACCAAUAAUCCCUGUCUUUUGUGAUGCUAGCAACUGGAGCUACUUACAGCUGGGAACUCACUGACCACAAACCUUGUGUUGGGUUGUUUUCUUAACAUACAGGUGGAACUGACAAAAUAAAGGAAACACUAUACUUGAAGGCAGGUGCUUCCACACAGGUGUGGUUCCUGAGUUCAUUAAGCAAUUAACAUCCCAUCAUGCUUAGGGUCAUGUAUAAAAAUGUCCCAGUUGCCCAUUAUUUUGGCUACCAUGUCUAGAAGAAGAGAUGUCCAGUGCCUUAGAAAGAGGGGUCUGAAAGGAGCAUAGGGGGUUUAAAGGCUGUGUGUGUCAGUCAACAGAUGUCAGGCCGAGACACUGCGUUUUCUGCAUCAACAAAACACCAAAUGAUGUCAUUUCUCGUGGAAGAAUGGUGUCUUAUUCCUCCAAUAGAGUUCCAGACUCUAGUAGAAUCUAUGACGAGGUGCAUUGAACCUGUUCUGAUUGGUGGAGGCCCAACGCCCUAUUAGGACACUUGAUGUUGGUGUUUAUACUUUAUUUUGGCAGUUACCUGCAUAUUGUAAUGAAUUCAGGUGACUAUGCAGCUGCAGGGUUAUAUAGGCCUGUGUAGGGUUGGGAUAAUCUAAUCCUGUGUAGGGUUGGGAUAAUCUAAUCCUGUGUAGGGUUGGGAUAAUCUAAUCCUGUGUAGGGUUGGGAUAAUCUAAUCCUGUGUAGGGUUGGGAUAAUCUAAUCCUGUGUAGGGUUGGGAUAAUCUAAUCCUGUGUAGGGUUGGGAUAAUCUAAUCCUGUGUAGGGUUGGGAUAAUCUAAUCCUGUGUAGGGUUGGGAUAAUCUAAUCCUGUGUAGGGUUGGGAUAAUCUAAUCCUGUGUAGGGUUGGGAUAAUCUAAUCCUGUGUAGGGUUGGGAUAAUCUAAUCCUGUGUAGGGUUGGGAUAAUCUAAUCCUGUGUAGGGUUGGGAUAAUCUAAUCCUGUGUAGGGUUGGGAUAAUCUAAUCCUGUGUAGGGUUGGGAUAAUCUAAUCCUGUGUAGGGUUGGGAUAAUCUAAUCCUGUGUAGGGUUGGGAUAAUCUAAUCCUGUGUAGGGUUGGGAUAAUCUAAUCCUGUGUAGGGUUGGGAUAAUCUAAUCCUGUGUAGGGUUGGGAUAAUCUAAUCCUGUGUAGGGUUGGGAUAAUCUAAUCCUGUGUAGGGUUGGGAUAAUCUAAUCCUGUGUAGGGUUGGGAUAAUCUAAUCCUGUGUAGGGUUGGGAUAAUCUAAUCCUGUGUAGGGUUGGUGAUUUGGAUAAUCUCAUUUUAGUACACCAUAUUAUUAUUUAUUAUUAUUACACCACCUAGUAGCAUCCAACAUUUUGGCGCUAAACAUUUUAUAUAUCCAAAACUCAUCCUUCAUGGAGAGUUACUGAAUCAUAUUCACGUCAUCUUAAUCUGGGAUCCUAAAAUAGGUUUUUCCCCCCAGAGGGAGUCUGUGAUUGUGUCCUAAACGGCCACCUAUUCCCUAUCUAUUGAACUCUUUUUGACAAGGGGCCAUAAGACUUUUUGUCAAGAGUAGUGCGCUAAAUAGGGAAUAGGGUGCCAUUUGAGAAGCACUCUGUAUUAUAGCGAUAAUCACUUUUAACAUAUGCAUCUAUUUCUGUGUUUUUCUUUUGUUUUCUGAGAACCAUAUUGAAUUUGUUGUCAGUGUCAUAUGUGAUGUCAACUUGUUGUGCUGUUGUUACCUAUAAAAAAAACAGGCUUGGCAUCAAUUCAGUCAAUUCAGGAAGUUGACUGAAAUUCACUUUUAAAAUAGAAUCAUUUUGAGGAGAAUUGGAAUUUCAGUUUACUUUAAGAAUUGACUGAAUUGAAAUGGAAUUGACCCCCCAACCCUGUACCUGACUGAUAUCCACCUGUCCAAAUGUUGAGGACAAUUAAUACAUAUCUGUCUACUCACCUGUAACAACAGUGUUAACUCAUCCUGUAGUAGGCAAUAAAUACAUUGAUUCAAGGGUGAA